AUGGAUGGAGGUGAAUGGACGGAGGUGCGGCGGCGUAACCCAUCCGACAACCGAAAAGAGAAUGAAAGUGAAUCUAGCUACUUUGUCACGAACAUCCCAGACAGAGCGACUAAAUUGGAAUUCCGAAAGAUCUUUUCAAAGUUUGGAAGGCUAUCGGAUGUAUACUUCGGCGGCAAGAAAGGUGUUAACGGGAAGUGCUUUGGGUUUAUCAGAUUCCAGGGGGUGGAAGACACCAAAGAAAUGGAGUCUAUGCUGAACGGCACCAAGUGCAGAAAUAACACGUUGAAGAUAAAUAUUGCAAAGCAUGAAAGGAAAAUCCCAGGCCAAAGCAGGGUAAGAAAGUUCCAGUGGUGGCUUGUAGAACCGUAG